AUGCCAAGCUAAUAAAACACAAUGAUUAUCAACAAUAACGCCCAUAAUUUACAAGACAAUCGUCAACAUAAUAUUACCUCUUAGUAGGAUCAAUCUUUCCACUAAAACAAUCCUUCUCGCCAAGAUAAGUACUUCAAUGAGGAUUUUUAAUAAGUUUGCAAAAUACUAAACAUUGAUGUAACCUCUCUCCAGCAAAAAUCUUUACAAGACUUUUUGAAUGAGGACCCAAAUGAGGCUAUCUCUAAGAUAAGAUACGAGCAUUACGAUAAAAAGCGGAAAGUAAAGCUAAAGCAAAUACAGGAAUUUAUGAAUGCUAUGAGCAGGAAAAGCAAAUCAAAUCUAGUAACACUUAGUUUAAUUCCAAAGGAAAAUUUGCAAUAGCUCAAAAAGUCUAAGAUAUUUUUGAAUCAUUCAUAUGUGAUGAAAGAUCAGGAAGAGGCUGUGAAUAAAAUUCAUAGACAGAGACCCAGAACACAUAAGAACUCAAUUUCAAGAGAUCCUUCUUAUCAUCAAAAUAAUUAUGCUUAUUAGUCUCAUAAUAAUCUCGCAACUCUAUCCUCAGGAAACCAUCAAUAAACUUUCAAAGAUCAAAAAUAAACAAAUAAUUAUCCCAAUAACUCAAUAUUUAAUUUAACUAACCUUGACUAAGGGUAUUAAUCAAACAUCGAACUUCGGAAAGCAAGUAAUAACAACUUUGAUGAUCAAGACCCUUAAAGCAUAGCUAAAAAAUAAGAGUUGGAGUAUUAACGUGCUAUGAAAAACAAACUGUAUUUUUAAAAUCUACCACCUGAGGAGAGACAAAAAAUAUUUAGGAUCAAGUCAGCAAAGAAAGAAAAGAAGAUGGAAAAAGAUAUGAAGCAAAGAAAAGAGGAAUGGGAAUGGCGAACCUAGAAAAGAAAUAAGAAAAUUGAAGAAGUGCUGCAGAAGAAAAAAAUAUUAGAAAUGGAAGAAGAGGCAAAGAAAUAGUAAAAACUUGAUAUGUACUUUGAGAAGACCGACAAAAUAUAGCAGUAAAGACUUCUUGCAGUAAUGAGCUCAAGGGAAAGUGGAGGACUACAUGAUGAUCUAUUUAGUCAAAGAGAGUCAUCUACAGAAAGAGAGAUACAGUAAAAGAUUAUGAAUUUUGAGGAAAAGAUGCUUAGAGCUGCUUUGAGGAAACAAGAAGCAUUAGAGAGAGAACGCGAUCGUAUUAAUAGUUAGCACUAACUACUAAGGCAAAGAAGGAAUAAUAUGAUAACUGAGUAUUCCCAGAAGGAAUAUGGUACAUUAUAAAGAUAUUGCGAUAGGCAAUCCAGAUCUAAGAGAUUAUUGAAGAAGAAAUAUGAUGAGAAGAGUGAGUUUAUAGAGUAUAAGAAGUAGAAAGAGCAAGAGAAGAGUAAUUAGAUGAGGAUGCGCUUAGAUGAACAAAAAGCCUAAUAUAUGUCUAAGGUUAGCGAGGCAUAUGCAACAUACUAGCAUAGAAGGUAGAUUAUUUCAUAAGAUAGGUCGACAAAUGAGAAUGAAGUUGAGAGAAAGGUAAAGAAGUAGUUGAAAGAUCAAGACUAGCAAGACAAUAUGAAGAGAAUUCUAAUUACUUAGAAAAUGUAUAAAGACCAAUUAGUUCAAAGCCUAAUGGAUAAAGAAAGAAGAUAUCAGGGAUUGUAAGACUAUAAAAGGACAUUGAUGGUUAGAUCUUUUAUAUUGCCAAAUAACAGUGGUACUAAUUUUAUCAACAAUUAGAUUAACAAGUCAAAUCAUAACAUUUCAAUUAAUGCUGCAAAUAACAUGUGA